CCAAACCUGACUCAUCAUGGCUUUUCGUGGCGAUCGCUUUAUCCUCAAUCUGGACUCGGACGAAGAGGAGCUGCCUCCCGCCUCGUCAGAGAAUGCUCCCACCCUGGCUAUCCCCGGUAUGAUCGGGGAAAUUCGUGAACGGUCCCCCGCCGCAAACCCCGCCCCGCCUACGCUCAAGCCCACCACCACCGGAUUUCCCGCUCACCGUCGGCGCAACAACCCCUCUGCCUUCAAGCAGCGCCGAGCUCCGGGCACAUCAUCUGUUACGGCUCCAUCGGGAACGGCCUCAAACUCAGCCACCGAGAACGCCGAGAACGACGAGAAGCAGGCCAUUGCAGAGCAGAACGACCGACAGUUGGCCUCCAUGUCGCAGGCGCAAAUCCAACAGGAGCGUGAAGAACUACUUGAAUCUCUGGAUCCAUCUCUACUCGAACGAUUCCUCCGUCGAGCCCGCAUCGAUGACACCGAGUCUGCCUCUCCAUCCGCGCAGCCACCACAACAACCACCACCACCACCAUCCGAGAAUCAAGCCACAGAGCGGACCGAGAACUUAGAACGCAACUCUGGCACCAAACCAGAACCAAAACACGCUCAACCCUCCUCCCAGGAUGAACACCCAUCCUCCUCAUCCAAGACAACCCCUCAGCCAUCAACAAACCCCUCGAUCGACGACCUCCCACCUCCACAACUUCCCGACGACCUCCAUCCCGCUGCCGCCGCCUCCCUUCCCCUCUCCGGAAGCGUACACUUCCCCACGGCCCCUUCCGCAUCCACCAUGCCAAAUCUCGAUCCCUCGUCCCCGAAUUUCCUCACCGACCUCCAAACACACUACUUCCCCAAUAUUGCCCACGAUCCUUCCAGUCUUAGCUGGCUGCAGCCACCUUCGGCCUCCGACGAAGACCCCGACUCAACCUCUCCCUACCACCCCGCCAGCACGGCUGAGGCCAUCCACCCUGCAAACCUCCGCUUCUCCUUGCUGGGCACCAUUCUCUCGCCCUCGACCUCCUUAUCUCUUCCCACAAGUCUAGGGCUACAUCAUCACGGCAAAGACCCCCACGCGGCGGGGUACACGAUCCCCGAGCUCGCGAUCCUGAGUCGCUCGACGUUCGCCGCACAGAGGUGUAUUGCAUGGCAGGUCUUGGGACGGAUAUUGUUUCGACUGGGGAAGGGACAAUUUGGGGAGAGGGGCACUCCGCUUGUUGAGGGACUGUGGGGGACGAUCGAGAAAGAGGGCGUGGUCGCAGGGAUGUUGGCGGAAGCGGAUGAUUCGGGGGAUACUGAUCGGGCUAGGAACCGCGGACAGCAGAAAGAGCAGUCGGGAGAAGCCGAACAGAAGGAGGAGUCAGUAGAGGAGGGUGCAGAGUCCUCAUCUGCGAAAGACGGGGACAGACGGCGACAUCAUGCCAGCGCUACGGCGUGGGCUGUCGAGGGAGUCUGGCUAUGGCAGAUGGGCGGAGGAGGGGAUCGCGGCAUACUCAAAGCCGGCGCUGUUCGGUCUCAGUAA